AUGUGUCACCCAUCUGGGGAAUGUAGCGAAGUUGCGCCCAGAGAGUGCGCGCCCCCUCACUGGAUAAGCCGCAACGAGCGGGGGGGCAGCAAAACGGAGGUGCUGCAUGGAGAAAGCCAUGUAGACGGAUCCCCAAAUGGGGACAACGAAUAUCUGCGCAUUUCCAAAAGGUCCAAAAUGAUGAAGUACAUAAUAAGGUUAAGGAAAAAAAGAAAUUUCCGAAAAAAAAUGAACUCCUUUUUUGUAAAAGAGUCCUCAACUAUUGCAAAUUUGGCGAGGAACAAUAAUCUCACAUUUGAAGUUAUUUUAUCAAACAGCAGAAGUCUGCUGGACCAUUUUAAAAGCAAAUGCUCCAAACUGUAUUAUGCAGACAGCGACACGUUAAAUUACAUUUUUCGUGACUCCCUAAAAGUUAACAAAGGAGCGAAAAACGAUGCUGUAGCUGUAGUGAAACUUCCAGAACCCAUUCCAGCAAAAGAACCCAUCAGAUUUUUGCUAGCUUUUGAUAGAAUACGAUAUGCCUACAACUUGGGGAAAAUAUUAAACACGGCUUACUCCCUGGGUGUUGAUUGUCUCUUUUAUCUUCACAACACAGUGGACCCUUUCAACCACAAAGUUAUCGAAAUGACCAACGGAUCGCAUCUUCAAAUUUCUUACCAAUUCGGCUCAUAUGUAGAGCUAAGACAAUUCUGUGAGGCACAUAAGUUGCUUCCAAUUGUGGCGCAUACGAAUGGAGUGAAUCCAGGUCACAUUUUAAAAGUGACAAGUGAACAAGAGAAGAAGGGAGUGUGUCUCAUUUUGGGGAAUGAAUCCACCGGCCCGCACGCGGACGUGUUGAGCUUCGCAAAACCGAUAAGCUUGCCCAUGCACGAAAUGACCAACUCUUUAAACGUUUCUGUGGCAGCAAGUAUUUUAAUUCAUUACUUGAAAUGCAUGGCGUAG